CAAGAACCUGGCCGUUCAAUCAAUGCAUCCGUCAAGUCGCUCUGCACACUGCACCUAAGCAACGCCAACCAAGCCACCUAGCCAUCCAGCCCUCCCUCUAGUCUAUCAACAGCACACGUCAAAACGUGGCAAGCGAGGCAAAGCCCCUCUAUCUCUCUCUCUGGCUCUCCUGCCUGCCUCACUCAGUCAGUCAGUCAUCGGCAGCACUUGCAGUGCAUCUCUAAUCGCCUUCACCCCUUCAAAGAGCUUGCCCUCCUCCAGUUUGUCGAGUAUGGCGGGCAGCACCUCCUGAGCCGCACGGCUCAGGUCCACGUAGAGCAGCUCCGGCGCUUCCUCCCGGUCGACCCUCACCGCCGGAGGCACCUCACCGCGGGGCUUCCUCUGACCACCACCACCACCACUACCACCACUGCCAGACCCGCUGGAGAUCGUCUUGCGGCCUGCACCAGCAGCAGCAACUGGGGGCAUGUCAUCGUCUUGGGCUCCGUCGUCUACGACAACACAGAGACAUUGGCAGAGGUGUGUGUGUGUGUGUGUGUGUUCGGGUCAGAUGUGUGUGGCUGUCGGCCUGACUGACUGACCGGCGUCAUCGAGUGGCUCCGGGGGUCUAUCGUAGAGUGUGAUGAAGUUCUGUGACUUGAGGCGGAGCGCCGCGUUGAGGGCCUCGCCGUACUUGAGCUCGUCAUCGCCCGAAAACAACUCGUUGCUGCGCACACAGACACAGACAUAGAGGAACGAAAUCCCCGCACCCAGCGAUCCGGCUCACUCACUUGGUGCAUGUGUUGGCCAGCUCGGACAUCCUGCGAGCAAUCUGCAGACAGACGCACGCACACCGACGCAUAAAUAAGUGUUUGUUACACCUGUGUGUGUGUGUGUGAAGUGUGUGUCGUACACACGUUGGGGAGUGUGAUGUGGGUCCCCUCGCCCUGCUGGACCAUGACCUUCUCCGACAGCAAAGAGUACAGGAACAUCCUGACACGACACGAGCGGCCCCCGCUUUUGCACAUCUAUCGACGUGGUUCUCGAUGUGCGUGCAGGUUCUCACUGCGACGACCAUCCGAAGUUCUUGACGGCCCCCUCGGCGGGCUGACAAGGCAGACACAGACAGACAGAGCUGAAUAGGCAGGUGCUGACAGGGAUUCCUCUCCUCGCCCGACGGCUCUCUCAGGUCAGCUCACGUGAGACUUAAGCUUGGCUACGGCUUCCUUCACUACCGAUAUCUGACCACAAGACCGACGAGGGCAGGGAGGGAGGGAGGGGCACACACCUUAGUGGCUCAUCCUCACAGCGGGGGGCUGGCGUGUGGAUGUCUGUCUGUCUGACCUGGACUUGUUUGCUGUCCGCAAUGUCAACGGCCCACCUGCAGCAGACACGAGGCAACCAACACCCCACUGAUGUAUAUGUGUGUGUGUGCAUUCGUGGCCCCUCCCACUGCCUGCGGGUGACCUCGCCAGCUGCAGCAGUUUGCGGACGUCACCCUUGACCACCGGAAUAUCGACCAGAAACUUCAACGCGUCACUGACACACACACACACACAUAAAAGAGGGUGGCGACGGGCGCAGUGUGGCUGUGGGUGAUCGUUCCCUGCACACCGCACGCACCUGGCAAAUGUCUGUUCGAGCAGUGGUCCGAGUCGCUCUCUGAGUAUCUGCUCACACUCGUCCUUGGUGUAAGGGCUGAAGACCACCUCUUGGAAACUCUCACCUGAACAGAAAGGCGGACCGACAAAAGCCAAAUGGAUGGAUGGAUGGAUAGAGGCGAAAGCGCCCGUCCGUCCGCACGCACUUACUGCGCGAGUUGUUCUUGUCGAUGAGUUGGCGGGGGACGCGGAUGUCGUUGGAUAUCCCGAUCUGCAUACCAUACGUGGCACAUCACACCCAGGCGGUGUGUGCAGCGCAUGCCUUUGUUGAAUAAGUCAGUCACGACACCCCACCCCCCGGGCCCGCCUUCUUACGAUGAACAUUUUCGCGGCUUUGUUGCAGGCCAGGUCGAAGAGGUCGUACAGAGCUUUCUGCACGGGAGGGAACAAAACGCCACAUCACAUCACACCACACCAGAGAAACACAUCCCUCCCCCCCUCUCCCCCCCUCUCUCCCGCCCAGCCACCGACCUGCUGCCCCCGCAUGCGGACUACAGCGUCAAUCUCGUCAAGAACCAACACUCUGAAUGAAUGUGCACUCACACAGUAAGGCUCACAUCAGAGUCUGUGUGAGUUGAGUGACUGCACAUGUGGGGUGGGGUCGCUUACACGAGAGGCCGUUCAUCAGCCGUGUCUUCGUUGGUCAGGUACGCCUUCAGCUGCUUGUGGGCCUCGGCGUCAGAUACAUCGUCACCCGUCAGCUACACACAGACACACACACACACACGAAGCACAAAGCACAAAGCAGCAAGGGCAUGAGUGUGUUGUGCGAGAGGGAUUUGCACUGGUCGAUGUGUGUAUCUAUCGAUUGGCUCGGUCACCCCACCUCAACUCACUCACCUUGAAGUAUACUUCUCGGUACAGCUGCUGUGGCCGCUUGUCCUCCAUGCCGAUGAUCAGGUGAGACUCGAAACUAUUCACACCCUGACCACACACAUGUAAUGACAUGACAUGACCCACGCACUCAGCUCCAUUUAGUGCCUGGUGUGGUGUGGUGUGGUGUGGUGUGGUGUGCUGGCUACCUUCUGGUCCUUGAGGUCUCUGAUGACCUUGUUGACGGUGGACGUCUUGCCGGUGCCCACCGAGCCGCCCAAAACUGAUGGAGCAGGCAGGCACGCGACAGGGGAGGACACAAAUCAACCAGCACCGCUUGUGGCUGAGUGUGUGUGUGUGGGUGGCCUACAGAGGACGGCCGCGCCGCGGUGGUCCUGCGUCAGAAACGUCUAUUGGUGAUACACAACACAACACAAUACAAGACAACACAACGACACACAGCAAACAAUCCAAUCAGUAGAGCUGGCCUGCCUUUCGUCGCCUGCCUCCCUCCCUCCCUCCCACCCUACCUCGAUGUAUCGCCGCACGUCCGUCUGCUGCUUCUCCCUGCCAGCCAGCCAGCCCACCCAGCAGCACACAAAGGUGUGGCGAGUCCAGUCCAGCCAUGCAAUCACCUGCCGGGCAGUUUCUCAGGCACGCCUGUGAGGAAGAGCAGCUCCAGGGCGGUCGGACCCUCAGCUGCACGACACGACACGACACGAACCAUCCAAACACACAGACGGGUCUGUGUGUGGGGUGAGGGGAGGUGGGCUGUGGGGUGUGGGGUGUGGAUUGGGCUUCUCCCUCCCACCUGCUGCCACGUGUCCGUAGAGCUUGCCUCUCGCGCUGAAGCGCUGCCGCCGCUGACAUGACAGACAGACAGAAACGCGGGAAGAUGUUGACGCAAUGGCAGGCAGAUGGACAAUGGCAAUAUUCUAUGCUCUGUGCUCACUCACUCACCGCCUCAGGUGUUUGAAGGUCAGUGGCCAGCUGGCUGAAGCUGAACACCAUUCCCCUCUUGUGGAAGCAGAAUCGUCUGCAGAAGUGCUCGUCCUCCCCGCCGCCACAGCUGCCCUCCUCAUCGUGCACAGCCACAGCCAGCCGCCGCACCGACCCCCGCACCCUCUGAGUGAUCUCCACCUCCAUCGCGUGGUCCGAUUCCAGCAGCUCUUGGUCGGUCAGGGUGCCCUUGGGCUGCUCCGGCCAUGAAUCUUCAUACUCGUCGGUGGUGAUGAAUCGGCGCACCUCCAUGAAGGCCCUGCCGCGAGAUGGCCUCUGGAAGAGGGCGGAGAUCUCACCCAGCCGUCGGUCACGCCCAUCGCUGAAGCUCAGGUAAUCGCCUAAGCGCAGGAUCUCGCCGUCGGGGAGGCUGCUGCUGCUGCUGCCGCCCGGUGGCUGUGCCCCGCCGCCCUGCAGGGCGCCUACAUCAUAGUAUCGGGUGCCGCUCUCGUCUUGGUGUCUGAGAUGUCCGCUGCUGAACGUCAUGUACUGCUCCUUCAUCGUUCUUCUCCGCCACGAAAGGGGAAAGAAAGCCCCUUUCCGCGAAAGCUCGCUUUCGCCGGCCUGGAUUCCUGUCCGAGCGGCUUUUAGGCCGCCAGAUAAUGACACGAACUGAUCGGUGCUGGAGGUGAUAUGGAGUCGAAGACCAGCGUCUCUAUGACUCACUGCUGCACGCAACUCGCUGCUCAUUUGCGAGCUCAAAUCUCACUACGGCACUUGUUUCCCCUCUUUUCCCCGAUUUCUUUGACCUCAUGUGUGUAUGGCCACACGGAGGAGUCGGGAGGACCGGUUUACGCGAAAAAAUCCCAAAACGAAUUUGCCAGAUUCGAGAAAAACAGGAAGUCGAUCCUCACUCGAUCGGAUCCGAGGUCGCUUCCCUGAGGCUUCGCUGGCCGCCUUUCUGCCUCCAGAUGGCUACCUCAGUGCUUCUCACGCACUGCUACGAGCAUUUUUGAGGAGAAAAACGGCAGAUGGUGGUGGGGAGUUCGCAUGGGAGAUCUCUCCCUUAUCUCAUCUCAUCUGUCAGUGCGUCCUUCAGCCCGAAAGAUCAGCCCCAAGGACAGCAUGGCGAGGCAGAGGAGCCACCACCUCACUCUAACAGCCCUUAUCA